UUGGUUCGUUUAACGAUGAGUUAGAGAGGGUCUGAUGAAAAGACAGCGUCAAGCGUGACCUACUAUUGACCAUCGCCAUCUUCUUCUCUCCAUACUCGCUUCUUCAAGGCUCUCGUCGGCUUCUGGGUCUGCUUUUGGUUCUACAGCUUAAGAGGAAACCGACUCAUUUUUGUCAAAGAACUUCAUAUCCAAAGGCACAAAAUCCCUCCUCCUUGCAAAUGGAGCUGCCAGACCUUCCCUGCACUUCCUCAAAGAAGAGAGCAAAGAAGUUAUACCCUUCUGUUACUCGACGGUCCGAACGGAUUCGGAAUGCCGUUACUCCAUUUGGAAAUGACUGCAUCGAACCUGUGAUUGAAGAAAUAGCUUUUAGUGAGACUCAAAAAGAUGAUGAACCACCAGCUGAGGGGAGAAAGCAUUUGGACGAGCCGAACUCGGGCGAACGGGACUUGCACGGAAAGAUUGAUUAUGUAGUUAAACUACUCGAAACUCAAGAACGAACCAUAAACGCGUUGAAAGCUAAGAAUGAUGAGAAUCCAUUGUUGAGUGAAAGCUCAUCACCAAUAGAUGUCAAAUACAAGGGCUUGUACUUUGAAUCCCAGAAAAAGGUUCAAGCCUUAAUCGACGAAAACCAUCAGCUUACUCGGAAGUUGGAAAUAGCUCUUUGUAAAGUCGAAGCAUAUGAGAAAGGGAAUAGAAAUAUUUCUGAAGUGCUGGAGAAAAUGAAGGAUGUGAUCUUAGUCUCCAAUCUCACAAAAGUUACUGAAUCAGCUGUCAACGCUUCUUCUCGAGCAAUUCGUGAUGCAAUGUCUCCAGGCACGGGUCGUGACGCCGAGCGUUCUGCAGCUAAGAGAAAGAAAAUAACAAAAACAAAGUGAAAAGAGCUGAAAAUGUUGCAUUAGUAUAAACGGUCUCUCUUUCGAACACAAAAGCUCGUCCUCGUCCUCUGUUGAGCUGUUAUGUAUAUGUUUUUAAGACCGACUGAUCUUGUUUUUCCAGUUAUGACAUGUUUCGGAGGUUGUUCAAACG